UGUAUAUUUUGAGAGCUACAUCCAUCAUCCAUUUCUUGUAAUAAUAUCUUUCACCCUUUUUAUCAACAAUCUUUGGUUGAGUUAUAAGCUCACUUUGAUCUUCCCCCCUCUCUCUAGACUUUAUGGCAUGUUCCCUUGCACAUACAAGUCAAAAGUGGAAUUAUGAAUAAUUAGCUCAAUGAUUAUUACCGAAUGCUAGAAGUUGAAGUGACGAGAAGAAAAACAAUGAGUAGCACACCAAACAUUAUUAUGAAGAAACUCAUGCUAUUUUUGACUUAUGAUAGAGGUUAAGUUAAUUACAUCUUUUUUUCUCUCUAUUUCUUUCUAGUAGUACUUUCAUAUGUUUUAGUGUUUAAGGGGGAUUUCGAAGUGUUUGUACUAGUAAGUAACAAAAGAUCAAUUGAGAAUGGAUGUGGUUAAAGGAAAAGAGAAGAAAGGACUUAUCUCCAAAACAUGGGAACGAUGCAAAUCCUUUCGAGUUGUAGGAGCUAAGAGCUCACUCGGGAUCAAACGAGGCGUUUCAAAGAGAAGCAUAUCAUGGCCUCGAGUAGAUGUAGUCAAAGAAACAACACUUAAUAUUGCACCAAAAGGGUGUUUCUCGGUCUAUGUUGGGCCUGGAAGGCAAAGGUUCGUGAUUAAAGCCGAGCAUGCUAAUCAUCCACUCUUUAAAGCACUUCUUGUAGAAGCCGAGUGCGAAUAUGGGUAUAGAGUCGAGGGACCACUUGAGCUUCCAUGCGAGGUCAAGGAUUUCAUAACGAUUAUGUUAGAAAUCGAUGAUUGUUACAAGAUUAUCAGUCAUCAAGAAUGUAAUUAAUCUUGGCUCUACGGAAGAUUAGUAGGAUUCUAUGAGCAUCUCAAUUCGUGUGAGAUUAUUGUAAACAAAUUAGUAGUUUAUUAAAUUUGCGUAAGCAAAUUUGGUUUGUUUUGUUAGUUUGAUUGAUUGGCACUUUCUACCUUAUUGCAAA